AUGUCACCAAAGCCGGGCAAGCCGGCAAUGGCCGCAGGCACCCGUGCCGCCGCCAGCCGCAAGGAGUCCUCGUUCAUGUCAUCGCUCCUGGGUUGGCACCGCGCCGGGGCUGUCCUGCUCGUGGCAGUGCUGGCGUCAACUGCCCUAGGCACCUGGGCGCAGUUUGCCGCCAAGCCCGCAACCGCCCUCCCGGCUGCGACCACUACCGCCGCCGCCGCUGUCCCCGCCGGCGCUGGUGCUGCCGCCGCCGCUGUCCCCGCCGGCCCCGGUGCCGCCGCCGCGCGGCCGGCCGGGGCAGCGUCAGCGACCGGCCCCGCUAUCCCGCCGGCCUCUGCCGCUGCAUCGGCUGCGCCUAAGGCCGGCGCUGCUAUUGCCGCUGGCGCCGGAGGUGCCGCCAGCAGGGGCGGCGCAGCUGGUGCCGCCGCCGGCGCCGCCCGCACUGCCGGCGCCGCCGGCGCCGCCGGCGCCGCCGGCGCCGCUGGGGCUGCCGGCGCCGCUGGGGCUGCCGGCCCCGCUGGGGCUGCCGGCCCCGCUGGCCUCGCUCCCAGCUCCAUUCGUGGCGCAGCGACCACGCUCUCGUUGCAGGACGACGGCGACUCCGCGGGGCCCGGCGCCGACUCUGCCGGUCCUGACCUCGGUUUCGAUUCGACCGCCUUCGACCUCCCUGCCGCUUCUCCUUCUGCAAAUCUUGGCGACGAUGAACAAGACACUCCUAAACUGUGCCAGGGCAAGACGCCGGCGAAGGUCGUCAUCGACCGCAUUGUGCCGUACCCCGCCGCCGGCGCCACGCCGCUCAUUGUACUGCGCAACAUUGGCGGCCAGACCGCCAACCUGACCGGCUGGCGGCUCACGGACAGCGACACUCGCUCCGUGCCGGCAGCAAUGAACUUGGUGAUGGGCGCCCCGCCUUGCGACGGGCCCGGCAACUACACCAUUGAACCCUCCCGCACGCUGGAGCUCAAGCCCAAGAACGACAGCGGACCCUGCGGCUUUCCCUUUAGCCUCAGCUUCAGAGACGAGGUGAACUUGUUCGACCCUAACGGAACCUUGAUAGCGACCGCGAAAUGGGCCGACGCCACCAUGGGGUCCGCGCUGCACCUGUCCGAGGACGGCUCUUACGUCAGCAUCAGUGAGAUGGACGACGUGCUGACGGUGCUCCGAAGCACAGGUCGCCAUAAGAUCUUUCUGGACGCUCUGCAAACCACGGGUCUGGACAAGCAGCUCACCUCCGCCUCCUCCCCCGACUACAAGAUGCCGGAGAGACCGAAGCCCAAGGAGCAAAUCGAAGUGGCGCCGCAAUUUCCCUGGUGGUUCGGUUUCGGAGUGGAUCGCUCCAAGCUGCCGCCGCCGCCUCCUCCCCCGCCGCCGCCGCCACCGCCGCCCGCCGAAAAACGUUGCGCGAAUUGA